ACCGAGAAGCCCCGGCCGAGCGUUGUAUAUAUACCGGUGCGUGCGGGCUUUUCAAAUCAGUACCUACUUCGGUCUCGCUUGUUCUAUACACUUUUUGCUCACAAUGCGAAUGAUCAUAGUUCCUUGUUGUCUUGCCCUAUUUGUGGCACUGGUCACAUGCGAGGGUGACGUGAAAGCGGACUCGAAGGCGGAGGAAACCCAAGUAGAGGCGAAGGAAUCGCAGAACCUGGAGAAGCGCGGCCUGCACUCCUCCUUUGGCGAUUUCGGCCAUGACUUCGGUGGACACGAUGAGCAUCACCAUCACCACGAGCACAUCAAGACGGUGACGAUUGAGAAGAAGAUCCCGGUGCCGUACACCGUCGAGAAGCACGUCCCGUACACGGUCGAGAAGAAGGUGCCGUACGAGGUGAAGGUCCCGAUCCCGCAGCCCUACAUCGUCGAGAAGAAGGUGCCGGUGCACUACAAGGAAGUGGUGAAAUACCCAGUCCACGUCCCGGCUCCGUACACCGUCGAGAAGAAGGUGCCGUACGAGGUGAAGUACCCGGUCGACAAGCCGUACGAGGUGAAGGUACAUGUCCCGCAGCCCUACACCGUCGAGAAGAAGGUCCCGUACGAGGUGAAGGUGCCGGUCCCGGUCCCGUACACCGUCGAGAAGAAGGUCCCGUACGAGGUGAAGGUUGAGGUGCCCGUCCCCAAGCCGUACACCGUCAUCAAGAAGGUGCCGUACGAGGUGAAGGUCCCGGUCGACAAGCCGUACAAGGUGGAAGUCCCGAAACCGUACCCGGUGGAGGUCCCGAAACCCUACCCAGUUGUCGUGGAGAAGAAGGUCCCGUACGAGGUGAAGGUUCCGGUCGACAAGCCCUACAAGGUGGAGGUGCCCAAGCCGUACAAGGUGGAAGUUAAGGUGCCGUACCCAGCCCCGUACACCGUCGAGAAGAAGGUCCCGUACACCGUGGAGAAGCCGAUCCCGUACGAGGUGAAGGUCCCGAUCGACAAGCCGUACCCGGUGUACAAGGAAGUUAAGGUGCCGGUCGAGAAGGAGGUCCCGUACCCGGUGAAGGUCCCGUAUCACGUACCAGUCCAUGUUCACAAAGAAGAACACCAUGAUCAUUCGUAUGAACACCACGAACACGAUCUGCACUAAAUCCUGAGCUGUAUCCUGUAUCCCCCUUACAACAAACCCCCCCUCCCCAAACUUGUUAUUCUAGUUAGUUGUUGAUCAUUUCAGUAUGCAGCAGGUGGACGCGCUACAGCAACCAAAAGCGCUGAAUGUUCCUGUCGUCCACCGGGGCUGUCAUACGGGAAAGGAAAACCAACCGCCUCUGUGUGUGUGCGUUUCGCCUCAUAAUACCUAAGACCGAGCUGUACAUGUAGAUGUUUAUUUCAUAAUGUUUUUCAUCCAUCCACCAUACCAUACCACAACUCACCUCAAAACACCUCAGACAUCACACUCCGGUGGAGUUGUGCGAUCCCCAAAAAAAACAAACACAACGAAGCCGCUCAUUUUACAUUUUACGAUCGACCGUUUUGCGGGAUCGAGAGUUUUGCAGCAAAAGGGUCAGCAGGAGCCACAGGGAAGUGAUUGAUGCCUUCUUGCCACCCUCCAUUCGGAUGUGUUCCAUCAGCGCUGAUGAUCCCAGCUACUGUUCUGAGGAUAAAUCUCGCCGGCUCAUCCGUGUGAUACAGGGGGGAAGUUGGUUUGAUCCUUCCCCUGUUCGAGCUUCCCGAUGCUCCCCAAGGCACGCUCCCGGGAAGAGAUUGUUUCCCCAAAUGAGUUUUUGUUUUACCAAAGCGAAUGAAUUUAGUUUUGCGCUGUUUGUUUUUCGUUUUUGCUUGUUCGAGAUCAACCGGUUGGAUAAUUGAUUUCAAGUUUUUGUUUGUUUUAUACUAGCUUUGAGCUUUUUUUGUUUGUUAAAUGUUGUUUUAUACCAAAAAAGAAAAUCGCCCCAGAACCAACAGUUUCACAAGAAAAAAUAACCCUGAUGCAUAAAUACGGGAGGAUAAUGGAAAAAAAAACGCCAGCCAGAUCCAAGUUGAGAGAUAAAGAUGCUAUAGAGACCAGGAGCAAAAAACCCGAACUCAAGCGAAACCGAGUGUUAUCGAUCGAUGUGAUAUGUUUGAAAUAAAAACAAAAUGUUGAAAAAGAAAUAACAAAA